AUGCCUAAGCGCAGGGCCACAGAAAUUUUAACAAAUGUUGAAUCCGAAUCGGAUUCAGAUGAAAAUGAUGAAUGUACCAUCAUACCAAAUCCUGAUGACUCUGGCUCUGAUGGAGACUCCUCGUCGGAUGACGAGAAUGAGGCCUUGGAAUAUUCCAUGCCAAAUGUUUCAUAUAGAUCUACUUUUCAUAAUUACUCAGAAUCUCAAAAACAAUUGGAACCAGAUCACGUUUCUUCUUGGAAGGCCGGGGAAAAAGUUCGCUCUGCUUCAGCCAUGAGCCGUAAUAGAUUUUGUGAAAUCAAAUCACAAAUAAAAUUUUCAAAAACUCAAGAUAGAAAUGAUAAAGAUAAGGCAUGGAGAGUGCGUCAAUUAUUAAAUUUAUUCAGGAAAAACAUUCAACAAUUUGGUUUUUUCUCAACAGCUCUUUCAGUUGAUGAAAUGAUGGUUCGAUUUUUUGGUCGUACCAGCCUAAAACAGUAUCUGCCUUGUAAACCUGAUAGAUACGGGAUAAAGCUCUGGGGUUUAUGUGCAGCCAAUGGAUAUCUUUUCAAUGUAGAUGUUUAUUGUGGCAAAAAUGAUACAAGUAUUGGAAUAAAGUUAAUGGCAUGUGCACUUGGCUCGAGAGUUGUCGUGCAAAUGAUCAAUCCCCUUCUAAAUGGCCUGUCAAUAAGAAAGUUAUCUGAUUAUCAUAUCUACUUUGAUAAUUUUUUUACCAGCCCAGACUUACUCAUUCAUCUGAAUAAAUAUGGUUUACGAUCAACAGGAACUGUUCGUAAAGAUAGAGUGAAAGAAAAACAUGAAUUUGAAAAAAAAGAUCCGCGAGGAUCGUACAAAGUAACUGUUGGUGUCACUCCCAUAACACCCGUGAAAAGAUUUUCACGAACUGCUCAAGAGAGAGUAGAACUAGGAUUUCCUCAUGCUUUUUCUUUGUACAACAAAUACAUGGGAGGGGUAGAUUUACACGAUUUCCGUUGUAAAAAAGCUUCUCCAUCUAUCAGUUCGAAGAAGUAG